GAUGGUUGCGCCGAAUAGAUAAGGCCGUUGCGUUGCCUUGCUGCCGCGCUCUCCGUCUUGGCGCACCCGGCACCCCCUUAUCCGGACUCCGGAAAACUCUUCAGUCCCCGCUCCCCGCCACCGUUCCCGUGCGUCGCUGCACCACCACCGUAGCCUCCUCCUCUCACCCGGUCGCGGCCGAGCCAGAAUGGUUAGCGAGCAACAAGCUCCUGCGGCGGAGGUGGUGGUGGAGGGCAGCGAGGCGGCGGCGGAGGUGCCCGUGGAGAGCGAGGAGGCGGCCGCGCCCAAGGCGGAGGAGCAACAGGAUGACGAGGCGCCGGUCGUCGAGGACGUCAAGGAAGACGAGGACGAGGAUGACGACGACGAGGACGACGACGACGCUGACGAUGAUGACGCCGAUGGAGGCGCCGGCGCAACCGAGGGCACCAAGCAGAGCCGGAGCGAGAAGAAGAGCCGCAAGGCCAUGAUGAAGCUCGGAAUGAAACCCGUCACCGGCGUCACCAGGAUAACCAUCAAAAGAGCCAAGAACAUACUGUUCGUGGUGUCGAAGCCGGACGUCUUCAAGAGCCCGACGUCGGAGACGUACGUGAUAUUCGGCGAGGCCAAGAUAGAGGACCUGAGCUCACAGCUGCAGGCGCAGGCGGCGCAGCAGUUCAGGAUGCAGGACCUCAGCAAGGUGAUGGCCAAGCAGGACGCGGCCGCCGCCGCGGCGGCGCCGGCCGACGAGGAGGAGGAGGUCGACGAGGCCGGGAUAGAGCCCCGCGACAUCGACCUCGUCAUGACGCAGGCCAGCGUCACCCGCGCCAAGGCCGUCAAGGCUCUCAAGGCGCACGACGGCGACAUCGUCAGCGCCAUCAUGGAGCUCACGGCCUGAUCAUGAUAUGCCAGUGCAUGCCGGCCGUACGGCCGUUUCUUCCUCGUUAUUGCAGUCUGCUUCGCUCAGCGUCGCUGUUCAUUUUUGGGAUUUGCAUACAAGACGAGCUUUGAAUAAGAGAUGUACUGUUUGUUCA